AUGGUGAGAACUCAUGGUGCUUCCUCUAAGAAGACCCCUGCUUCUCAAUCCAGAAAGGUGCCCUCUCCAUCGCCUCCUCCAUCUAUGUCAACGACGCCUCCAUCUGUUCCAGUACCUGCCUCAUCUGUUGGGAAGACUUGCAAAUCCAAGGCGCGCAAGGAGGUGCUCUCCCUCUCUAAUGAACACCCCAUGGUGUUUCCAGAUAUCACAGCUGACAUUGUUGAUGUUGCACCACCAUCUGAAGUGGUGGUGCCCUCUCGAGCCAAGAACCCAUCUCCUCUUCCGAUUUAUUCGUCUCUGACGGCUAGAGCAAAAUCAAAAUCCGUUUCAUCUUCUUCCAAAGCUGCUGCUGCUGGGAAAUUGGGGUUGGACACGUCUUCUUCCCCCUUGAAUGCUGCCAAGAAAAGAUUGAAGGCUUAUCCCCCUUCUUUAUCUUCCUUCGAAUCUGACCCUGAGGAAGAAAAGUCUGAAUCUGAAGCAACCCAUGAUACCACCUUAUCUGAUGAAACGGUUCCUGACAACGCAGAAUCAGAGGCUGAGUCUGAUGAGCCAGAACAAGAAGACAUUGUCCCUUCUGAACAAGAAGCCAAAUUUGACUCAGAGCCAAUUGCAUCUCCUUUGUCAUCCAAGGCUAAAGGGAAGAGACCUAUUUCUGAUCCUACACCUUCUCCAAAACGUUCAGGUGUAAAUUUCAAACCCUAUUCUUCAACUUUUUGUUAUAAUGAUAAUGCUCGUGAUAUGGUUCUCUAUGCUCAAAAGAAAUUUAUCAUUGAGAGAAAUUAUGUCUUGAGUGAUCAUCGGCCUUAUGGUGUGCUAACAAUGCUUCAAGAUCGAAAAUGGACAGGUUCUUUGGUAAAAUUUACUGGUUUUGUGGAUAGAAUAGUCAAGGAAUUCUAUGCCAAUCUUACUAAUGAAAUUAUUGAACCUAAAUCUCCUCUGUAUUGUAAAGUGUUUUUUAGGGGCCAUUGGUUCUCUUUUUCUCCUCAAGACAUUGCCCAUGCUCUGCAUCUUCCUCUUGAUGUCGAGGAUGAUGAUGAUCUUGCCACUCUUGACAAGGAUACGGUUAUCACUGAAUUAGUAGGGAAAAUAAUGGUAUGGCCAUCUAAUACAGUCAUCCCGGUCUCUAAUCUCACCUACACUUAUGCUGUCCUCCAUAAGUUUGCCACAAUGAAUUGGAAACCAACUUCUCACACCGUAACUAUCUCCUUUGACAUGGCCUUGUUUUUGUACAAGGCGGGGACCGGUAUUGGUAUAAACUUGGCUAUGGUCAUCCAUGAUCAAAUCAUUGGGUUUCAAAAAGGUAAUAGGAAAAACUUGAAUCUUCCUUUUCCUCAAGUUAUUUAUAAAGUGUUGAGAAUGCAGAACAAAGAUCUCCAACAUGAUCAAGAAGACUUGGUGGCUCCCACUACUGUUGCUUCCUACAAGGCCCCUGCUCCUCCUACUGAAGCCACUGACGCUCCAUCAACCAAGAAAGUCAAGCCUCAAUUUCUGAAGUUUUCCUCGGAUGGCAUUUCUCAUGCAUCCUCCUCUGUUCCCACAGAUUCAGGACUGGUUGCUAUAGAAAUAGCUGCUGUUCGAGCCUCUGUUGAUUCUUUGGCUGCUCGAGUGAUGUCAAUUGAAGGACUGCAACGUUCUGUGUUGGAUUCUGUUCAAACUCUGUCCAAGGAUCCAGUCUUUUAG